CGGCGCAGGGCGCAGGCGCGCCGGCAGGCGGUUAGAUUUGAAUAGCGAAGCGGCGACGGCCUAGCCCGAUGAGAGGGGGGGGCGUGGGGAACAUCGGCCGAGCGCAGGGUGGAAGGCCCUACCGGCAGCGGGCGUGAGGCCUGCGACCGCAGCAGAAAAGCACAUCCUUCAGAAAUGGACCAGAUUUGUGUAGACUCUAACAUGGAAAAUGAUAAUACAGAGCACAUCAGAAGGAAGCGACUGUCCUCUAUUUUAAAGGCUCCACGAAAUCCUCUUGAUGAUCUGGGAAGUGAGAAUGAAUUGACACAGGAUAUCACUAUAGAAAAACGUAGGAAAAACUCUCGACGUGUCAGCUUUGCGAACACCAUAAACUGCAGAGUCUUCCAGCGAGAUCUUAAGAAUAAUGGGGCAGAGGGAGAAAAUACAGAGUGUGCAGCAGAUACAAGGAAUCAUGUCUUUACUCAAAAUGAAGAGCCUGAAGCUGUUCCAUGUGAAAUCACUGGGAUGAACAGUUUGCUUCACGCCCCCAUCCAGGCAUCGGUGCAGCAGACUGAGUGGCAUGAUGCAGACAAUGCCAUUCAAAGGACAAAUAAGCAUGACACCACCCUCAUCUUCUCAGAUGAAAAUGAAAUGGAUAUGACAGCUAGUCACACUGCAGUGAUUACACGUAAUCUGAAAAACAAUCAAGCUGAGAAAACUGAGAAAAUAGAUAUUGUGUCAUUUCUGGCUGGGUUAAACUCUAACAAUGGAAAGGCAGAAAUGAGCAAAGAAUUUCGUUUUUUCUCAGAGCCUACAUACCAUUCGUGCCCAUCUUUUGAAGACAAGAACGAUGCUAAUACGGAAAAAAAAAUAGAUUUCAAUAAAUUUUUGAUGGGCUUGAAGUUAAAUGAAAAGACACUCAAUCCUAUUGAAAAAGAGAAUGGUUUUUUUGACCCUUCACAGAUCUCAGAUGACGUGGCACGAUCUUCCGUGAAAUUUGUAUAUUCCCAUGAGCCACUGGACACCUGCAAUGUAACAAAAGUCUUUAGAGGGCAAGAUGAUGGAAUGGAAGUGACAAAAUGCCAGGAAGCUGACAUUAAAGCUAUGUUUUCUGGUGUUUAUGAAGCUCCACCAAGGCAGUUACAGUGUGCAGAUGUUACUGAGAUGUUUGCAGAUGAUGGGAUGGAUAUGACAACUAUUCAUACUGCAAAAAUGUCUUUUCCCUUCCCCAGCCUAACCUUCAAAAAGGAUUUCCCUUCCACAGAGUUAGAUAAUUCUAUAUUAAAGAGAGCAUCUAAUCAGCAUUUAAUUGUUCAGCAGGAUUCUCAACUUUGUACAGACAGAAAAAUAGUAAAUGUUGAAGACAGACGAGAUCCUACAGCACUGCAAACUGUUAAACAAGAGGCCAGAACAAUGUCUGCCAUCCCAGGAUCCAUUUCUUCAGAGACUGUCUUCAGAAGUGGUAAAACUGUUGAUUUUUCUAAAUGUGAUGACAUGGAAAUUACUGGGAAUUAUAAGGAUGUAAUCUGUAUUGACAGUACCAAAGAAGUGAACAGUUCACACCAUAAAACUUUUGAAAUGCCAGUUAAUACAAACUCUUUGCUAGCAGAAAACAGACAUCCAGCACAUGGUGAUGGGGACGUUACAAAGAGUCUAACAUCUUUGGAUAAUCGAAGUUCUGUGUCGUAUAAAAAUAGUGCACUUGAAAUAUCUUUGGGCUCAGAUGAACGAAUUGAAAAAGUGACCCAGGAUCAUGGGACUGCUUCGGUGAAUGCUGGUUUUGAGUCACACACAAACUCAGUGUCUGCUGGUGUUUCUAAGAGUAGACUUCAGCACAGUCUGGCAAACUCUCAACCUGUUUCUCUGCCAGGUGAGAAGACUGUAAUAUUCUCGGGAGAAGACAUGGACUUGACUAAAACCUGUGUUGUCAAGGUUGAUGGGAAGAAUGAUGAGAAUGAAUCUCCUGCUGGAGUGCUCAUCUCUGUCACCUGCAAGCCUCACUUUCUUGAUAACAGAUCUACAUCUACCAAUUUAAAUCAACAGGAAGAAAUGGAAAUAACUAAAUGCCAUGCUGUUGUCGUUGAUGAUCAAAGCAACAGGAUAACUGCAGAAGCAAAACAAAUGCCUUGUAAAAUAAUUCCAGGGAAGAACCAGAACAAAAAUGUCAAUGGAAGUGCAAAUUCUUUAGAUAUGGACAAGGAAAAUAUUGAGGUGAUAAUUAUCAAUGGGAAUAUUAAAAGAAGCCAGGCUAUAGAAAUGAAUACUAAAGAUCUUGAGAUGAUAAUGGUUGAUAAAAACCUUGGGAAAACAAACUUUCAGGCGAGUGGUCCAAGUUCCUGUUCAAAGAGCAUGUGUUCAUUACCAGAGCAAAAUAGAGAGGUCCCUGAGAAUAUUGUCAGCAACACUGGUGCAUUCAGGUCUUUGCAAAGUCAAAAAGUUGUUAUAUCUCAACCUUUGGAAAAAAAGCUUCCAAAUGCUUCCAUUUCCUGCAUGAAUGACAAGAUGAGCAUGUUUUCAGAUGAUCAAAACAUGGAUAUAACCAAAACUCAUACCGCUGCCUUUGACAUUGCCUUUAUUAAUACAGCACAAAAAUAUGAGAAUAAUCAUAGUCAAAAUAAUGUAAUAUCCAAGCAGCUGCAAAAUCAGACCUUCCAGUUUCCUGGUAGUCAGACUGCAGCAAUAGAAUGCAGGGAUUUGAAAAUGAAUGCAGAUAAGCAAACUGUUACUCCUUUGGCUCCAAAUGGUUUGUUUAUUGCCAGUAAUGAGUCCGCUCCCUCUGGAAUGAAAGGAAAUGAACAACCUGGAACAGUAUUAGGAAUAAAUGCAGAUUGCCAAAACUCAGACAGGCAAGAGAAACCCCAUACUAUGAAGGUGGUAAACAAAGUAUUGCCAACUCGAGUAGAUUCGGAGAGACAUUUUUCAAUUGCUAGAACAGUUUCUUCAGGAGAUUUAAAAAAUCCUCACUCAGUUGAUGGCCAGCACUUGAGGACUGCUGAAGAGCCCUUACUAGCUGAUAUGUCUGAACCACAUAAGGGAAGUUCCCAGUUGCCUUUGUUUUCAGAAAAGUCAGUUGUGUUUCCCUCUGGUGAAAACAUGGACUUGACUGGAAACUGCGCGGUAAUGGUUCCUGACGGCAGCAUCAGUGCUGUUUUAUCAGAAAGAAAAACAGAACCUGGGUACCUUGGUCAAGACAAAAAUAAAAUAAUGUCCUUAAAAGAGGGGGUCAUGAUGGCAAUAAAUAGCCAGGAGGCAUCUGCGUGUGAUGUCAGACACCAAGAAGCACACAAGAAAAUAUUAGCUGUGAGUGGGUUAAAACAUUUGCCUUUUGCAGAUGAGAAAACGGUAAUAUUUUCAGAAGAUGCAGAUAUGGACAUCACCAGAAGUCAUACAGUUCCAGCAAUGAACAAAAUAAUUUCACAGCUUAAAAGUUCAAAUGAUGACACAACCUUUAUUUCUGGAGAUAAAACUCAGGUUUUUGCCUGCAACAAUGACAUGGAAAUAAGUAGACUCAAUACUGUUGCAAGUGAUAAAUCUGUGGAAAAGGCUGCCUCUCAAGGCAUGCUUAAGACAGCUAAAAGGACUGGAAGGAAAAACUUGAAGGGAACAGGGGAAAAGACCAUUUUAUUUUCAUUGAGCGAUGAGAAUAAUGACAUGGAGAUCACAGAGAGCCAUACAGCUGCAAUAGGCCAUGAAAUUGUCUUGCAAAAUGAGCAAGGGCUUCAUUCUCUCUCUUCAGCUGAUCCUGUUAAGACUGUUAUGUUCGCAGAUAGCCAGGCUGACAUGGACAUUACCAACUCUUGCUCUGCUGAUAAAAUUACUGUGAAAGUUGUAUGUGAUGAUAAACUGAACUUAGAUGAGGAGGUUGGACAGCAAGCACUUGCAAAUAGUGAAGCUACUAGGCUUGCUGUGGAUGAUAUGGAAAUCACUAAACCCCAUGAUGUAGCUUUGGAAGAAAAUUUUCUGCAAGGUAGGCAACCCAAUCAGCCUGUUCCUUCAACUUCCACAAUUAUGUUCAUGAGUUACCAGGCUGACAUGGAAAUGACUGAGUCUCACUCUGGUGAUGAAAGUAGAUUAAAGUUAGCUAAACAAGUUGGACAGGAGGCUCUUUCAGACAAAAAACCAGUCAUUUUUACUUUGUCUGACGAUAUGGAGAUCACUAAAACUCAUACGGCUGUAUUAAGUGGUAAAAUCGAUGUACAGGACAGAGAGGCCGUUCCAGCCAUUUCUGCAGUUCAUGCUGAUAAAACCAUUGUGUUUACCCACAACCAAGAUGAUAUGGAAAUAACUGCAUCCCAUACUAUUGCUGUUAAUAACAAUAUUAAUGGAUUUGAGAACCAAGAAUUGUCACUCAAAAGCACUCAACAACCGGACUUGCAGAGUGCAUUGUCACCUGGCAGAGAUGAAAUAGAUUCCUCAGAAACAAAAGACCUGAAUGGUAAAUAUCUUGCAAAAUCUAAGGAUAAGCCCAGCAUUCCCUCUAAUGUUUCAUCAGCCUCAGCAUUUCCUAAUGAGAAAGGAGCUAUGCAAGUCCCCGGUGGCACAGCACCAGGUUCCGUUUAUUCUGUCUGUCUUCCAGAAGAGACUAUGGAUGUGCAGGUACCACAGAAUCUUGUCCUUUCCACAGGUAAUUCUGUCCCUGUAAGCACUGAGCAGGAUCUCCUACUGCCAGAAAACCUGAAAGCAAAGAGAGCUACUUUCAAGCUUCCAGGUAACGGUCCUGUAGAUUGCAGUGAAGAAAGUAGUGUUUUGGUAUCCCAUGUUUCACUUCCCAUCCAGCAAUCGGGUUCUUUCAAGGGUUCUCCAGAUGAGUGUAGUACUCGGGGAGACCAAGUAUUGAAAGUUGUUUCAUCUAGACAUGAAGAUUUAGCUACAGAUUUAGGUUUGGCUGAAGCAAGCCUUGUUACAGUUUCUAACAAGAAAUCAAAGGAAAAUGAGGGGCUGUCAGCUGAAGGGGAGACACCUCCAAAAGACUUUCAUGUAAACUCUGAACAAACUAAGCAACUUCUGGUCAGUGGCAGUCCAAGAGAUCAAACGGAUCCAACUCUUGCACCUGAAUUAUCAGGUAUUUUAAAUGUUUGUUCAAAACUGAAAAAUAUUAGAAAGAAAUCUGCAGUUCUCUCUGUUUCUGAAGCUGCUUUUUCUGACCAGUUGCCCAAAUCAUCAGCUCAGCCAGAGGAUACCUUGAGGUCAGAUAAAAAUACUGUAAAUGAACCAGAUAAUGUAUUUUAUACCAAAGGGCAGGAGAACACAUGUCUUGAAUCUGGAGCUGCUCCCAUAGAUGCACAUUCAGGCAUGGCACUUAAGGAUAAAUACCAAGGAAUAAAUGUCCCUCUAGGUAUCUUCCAGCCAAAAUUACCAAACAGAAGAAAUCCUUCUGUUUCUAGUGUACAAGACAUAAGUGCAAAAUCUUCAGGCAGAGGAGAAGCAUCAGUUUCAGAAGUAAAUGUAAAUGCUCGUGAAACCCCACAUAACAAGUCUACUAGGCAGAACUUCAGCCCUUCUCAGUUUAUAGCAGAAGAAUUUCUUCCUGUCUGCCUAGAAGAAAUGGAUUCAAAUGAAUCUGUAAGCUCUGAACUCAUGGAAAAUGCAUGCAAUGAGAUAAACAAAAACCAAAUCUCCCACAAUGAAAAGAAUCCAUCUGAGGAGACAAAACCUUGCAACACAAAAAGAGCUUUGGAACAAGAUGAGGAAGAUCUUCAAAGUCUGAAGAAGACCAAGAGUGAUGAAAACCUGGAUGGUGAGGUCUCUCGAGGCUUGCAGGUUACUUUUGGUGCUGUGUCUCAAAGCCAAGGAGAAGCUCAUAAAGGUGAAGAACCUCCAAAUCUGUCGGCUAAAAGCCACGACUGUACUCAUGCCAGCACUAGCAGCUCUCUGGAUUCUGUUAAGGCUGACAGAGAAUUAACAAUUCAGCGAAGCAGUCAGAUGGAGUCUCAGCUUCUCAUACAUAGCAUUUGUGAAGAUAACUUACAGGAGAAAUUUCAAAAUGGUCUUAUCACAGUUGGGGAGUUUUUUACACUUCUUCAACUCCAUAUUCCUAUUCAGAAGCCCCGGCAUAGCCAUCUUCCAGCCAACUGUGCAGUCAGUGCACCACCUACUCCAGAAGACCUCAUUUAUGGCCAGUAUAUUUAUCGCCCCAAGCUGCGUAUUUAUGAAGAAGACUGCCAGGCCCUUUCUCAGAUGAUAGAUGAGUUAAAACUGUAUGCAAAUGUCCAGGAUCAACUCCUGGUGAAUGUGAAUAAGAGCUUGUGGGAAGUAAUGAGAACCUGCUCUGAUGAAGAGCUGAAGAGCUUUGGAGCAGAAUUGAACAAAAUGAAAACCUGUUUCACCAAGGAGAAUAAAAUCUUGGCUCACAAUGAGAAAGUGACAUUGUACAGGAAAUUGCUGCAAAGUGCACAGGAACAACAUGGAAAGCUACAGUCAAGAAUAGAAAAGAUGGAUGAAUUGUUUGAGGAGGCAGAGAACUGUCUUGUUGCUCUGGAAGCAGAUUCUGACUGGGAUGAAUGGGAAGCGAACUGCAAUGAUGAAAAGGCAGAAGGAAAAAACCUAGGGAAAGAAUUGGAAAGCCUCAAAGCCCAAGAAGAGGAACUUCAAAGUGAACUGUCAGAUCUGGAGACUCAGAAUGAGCAAAUGCUUGCUCAGAUGAACCAGCUAAAGGCAAAAGAAAAAAGCUGCCAGGAACUCCUGGAGAGAGAUGACUCCACUGAGUGGGAGAUUACUGAAUGGAGCGAACAGCAGGCAGUCUUUAAUUUUCUUUAUGAUUCUAUUGAACUCACAGUUGUGUUUGGACCCCCUAUAGAUGGUGAUGUUUUCGGUGAAGAUCCUUCCAGAAAGAUAGUUAGCCUGAACUUUGAAUCUUUCUUGGAUGAGGAAAAAGCUCCACCCUCCUCAUGCUUAGUCCAACGACUCAUCUUCCAGUUUAUUGAAAGUCAGGGAUGCUGGCAGGAAAAGUGUCCCACACUGUACCACUUGCCCCAGGUUCUUCAUGACAUCUCUUUGGUGGUGAGUCGUUGCAAGGUCUUAGGAGAGGAGAUUGAAUUUCUGGAGAGAUGGGGUGGAAAAUUUAAUCUUCUGAAGACUGAUAUCAACGAUACAAAUGUGAAGCUUUUGUUCUCCGCUUCCACAGCUUUUGCAAAGUUUGAGUUGACCCUGUCUCUAGCUGCCGACUACCCAUCUGCCUCACUGCCUUUUACUGUCCAAAAACAAAUUGGCAAUGUUGGGGAGGAGGAAAUUUCUGCUGUUCUCUCCGGUAUACCGACUGGUUACCACUAUCUGCGGAGAACGGUCAGCUUGAUUCAUCAAAAUUUGCUCCAGGAUCCCAGAUGAUUCACUAGAUCCACAUGCAAGACUGAAGAAGUCAGAGAGGAUAUUCUUUGAUUUUAGCCUUGUAAGAAUUCAAGCUGUCUCUCACUGGAAUGGGAGUGCUGUUAGCUACUUAGCUCUUUAGUAUUUGUGUCUAAUAACUGGUUGAUAUCCAGGAUGCUUGAUGUAGACCGCAAGUUUUAUAGAAGCAGAGGUCUCUAAAGAGGAGAAGGAGGAAUUUCUUAUGUCUUUUAUAAAUCAGAUCUGGUUUUGUCUUCUUUCAGCCACCAGUGGUCUUGACCUCCUUGUAUAUUCUUUCCUAGUGUAGCACUUUCAUUUUAUUCUGGGUUGAUUUACAGAGAUCUUGUAUAAAACAAUGAUGGGUAUUUUCUAAAUCAACAUGACUGGAAUUUACUUUCACUGUCAUAUUACUGCACUACUGUGUAGCAUUUUAACAUACCACAUCACGUUUCAUUUUUUUUUUUAUAGUUUCCUGGAACCCCUCCCAAAAUGCAGAAACUAUAGUCCGGCUUCUGAUUAACUAAACUUGUCAUAAUUAACCAGGUGGCCAAAGUCAGAAAUACUUCUAUCAUAAAGACUAAAGACUGCUGUGCUUGACCACAGACUUUGCAGUGCAGCACACUCAAAGCCAUCAGGUCCCAUCUAUGUGAUCCUCUCAGACUAGAAGUUUGUUCUGAUGUUCAGUGUUUUUGUCCAGUACGGUCUAUCUCUUGGUUCUGGUACAUGGCCAGAGUUAAAGUUUUAGUGAGGAGAUGGAUCUAUUUAAAUCUAGGAGGUAUCAAACAUCAUUGGCUCAGGCCAGGUUGCUUUUGUAUAUAGUUUUAAUAUUAUGUAGGUUGACCUGUUGGAACUGAUCUAACCCUGGUUGAGUUUAUCGUGUAGAAGUACCUGCUAUUUCUCAGCUGUCCAUUCUGUAGGCAGAUGCAAAUUUUUAUAUCUGUAAAAUAUGUUGAAUAUAAAAAUAUUUUCAUGUGUUUAAGUGUUUAUAUCUUUUUGUCUUUUUACCAAUUUUCCUUCUAUUUAGAAGAUGGAAGUUCAUUAAACGUCUGAAUUAUUGCUCUUCCUUC